CAUGCUCUCGUAGACAACCACACCAGCGUCUGCGUUUGUGACAAAUCGGAGUGUGAACCCACACAAAAGGAAGCUCUUCUUUUUGGGAUUAUUGAGAGAGUAAGCAACCACAUACAAUAAUUAAUCGGUAGCACGACAAUGGGUAUUACCAUGGAAACACCGGAAGGUUUGCCUCUGACGACGACGUUAGCCGAGAUGGGCAAGGCGAAUACGAAUCUGCGGAGUGACUCGUUCACAUCAACGUCCAGUGGUAGCAGUGAUGAAGAAGCACCGGCCCACAAAAAUGCCGCGCAACAUGCCGACGAUGGUUCCUUGGAACGCAGCGAUUCUGGGUCAUUUGAUAACAGCAGCAAUGGCAAUGAAGAUCUUCCCUUCUUUGACAGUGUGGACUCGAAAGACGACGACAGCCGUGAUAAUGGCGAUGAAGAAGAAAAGGACAUGUUGGCUACCACCACAUUAUCGGGGUAUCUGAGGCUGCUCAUGGAAGAUGUGGUUUCCUACAUUAUGCUGCUCAUCACCAACAAACCCUUUCGCCUGUUUUUGGUCUCUUAUGUCUUUGGACACAUGGGAGAAUGGUUCACCUACAUUGCCUCCAUCAGUCUCAUGGAGCGCAUGCUGGGAGACGACAGUGAAAACUCUCGCACUUCCUUGGGUAUCCUGGUGGCCAUUCGUCUGCUGCCGACUGUGGUAUUGAGUCCCUUUGGAGGAGUCCUGGCAGACUCCUAUGACAGAAGAAAAGCCAUGAUCAUUCUUGAUCUUGUUGGGGCAUUCACACCCAUUUUUUUCAUCUUGGCAACCUUUCUCGAACAUUCCGGCCUCCAUCCCUACUAUGGCGUCGCCAUGAUUUAUUUUGCCACUGUUUCGCAAGAAUGUGUCUGUGCCCUCUACGAACCCUGUCGAGCAUCCAUGGUACCUCUUCUUGUCACGGGAGAUGCCGACCUUAAAAAGGCCACCACUCUAACGGGAGUGGCGUGGUCUGCUGUGGCUGCCUUUGGUUCCGCCCUUGGAGGUUUUGCCACUUCUCUCUUUGGUGCCCGUACCUGUUUCUGCUUGGAUGGAGUUUGCUACCUGUUAAGUGCCGUUCUCAUGUGGAGUGUCGGUGGCAACUGGAAAGUGGCACCCGAUGUCAAGUACGAAUCGGUAUGGCUACAAAUCAAAGGAAUGACCGUUGAUGGCGGUAAAUAUCUCUCCACUUCCUUCUUUGGCGGUCUCGUCUUUUUCAAAGCCACCUGUGCACUCGUCACGGGGGCCACCAACGUACUAAAUGUCUCGCUGUCCGAACGAGACACGGACGAUUCCAUCUGGUUCAUCUCAGAGAUGGACACGGAACAAAAGUUGGGAAUUCUAUUCUCCAUUACGGGUAUUGGUUGCAUUCUGGGACCACUCGUGUCGGAUCCACUCACCAAUAUCGAACAACCAAAAGCAUUGCAAUUAGCCUGUGUCUUUGGGUUUGUGGCGGUCACACUGGGGUGCCUCGGGGUGGGUCUCUUUUCACCCUUUUGGGCGGUCUGUGUAUUCAGUGCCGUUCGGUCGGCUGGUAUGGGGAUUCUGUGGUUGGAUUCACAGUUUCUCUUGCAAAAGUUUACCGCCAAGGAAAUGCUGGGGCGCGUCGCCGCUGUCGAUGAUGCUCUCGCGACUCUCUCCGAAGCAUUAUCAUCCCUACUGUGUGGUUUUCUACAGGACGAAUUCCAUUUAUCAGCCAUGGCUGUUUCAAAAUGCAGGCUGCUCUGGGUUUUGGGUUUACAAUACUGUGGGCCGUAUACCACUUCUCCGGCAGAGGGGCAGCUUCGCGUAACAAAGAUGGUGGCAAGGUGUCACCAAAGAAGAGCUCCUAUGACCCUGUUGGAUUAGAAGAUAUCGAUCCAACAGUAAUAGACCCGGAGGAAUUUGAUAUGGAGCGGAAAAAGACACCCAAGAAAGGAAAAGGGCCCAAGCGGAGGUCACCAAAGGCAAAACCACGGUCAAUCAAGAAGAUUGCACCUAUUGUUUAGCACCGUCUCCAGUAGUUUUUUGCUAGAUACAUAAUCCAUAAACCAACGCCUGGAGAACCUUUU